CAAGGGAACCUUAUACCACGGUUCCCAACACAUAUGUCAAAAGAUUAAAACGGCAUAUAUUCCAGGUUUGUCUUUCGUUUUCUUUCUUUCUACUGAGGCAGUCCUUCAUAAAUCAAUCCGCAACAUCUCCUCUGAAGCAGAGAUCCAAACAUGGCUGAUAUACUCACUUCUUUGAGGUCUCUUAUGGCUUCUCACUCUCCCCCUCUCGAUGCCUUGGUUGUUCCUUCCGAGGAUUAUCAUCAGAGCGAGUACGUGUCUGCGAGAGACAAGCGUCGGGAAUUUGUUUCUGGAUUCACUGGAAGCGCAGGCUUGGCCCUAGUUAGCAUGAAUGAUGCACGGCUGUGGACAGAUGGACGGUACUUUUUGCAGGCAGAACAAGAACUUAGUGAUCAGUGGAAACUCAUGCGUAUCGGAGAGGACCCUCCAGUAGAUGCAUGGACGGCUGAUAAUCUACCUGCACAUGCGGCUGUUGGUAUUGAUCCAUGGUGCAUAUCAGUAGACACUGCACAAAAAUGGGAGUGUGCCUUUGCUGAAAAGCAGCAGAAGCUGAUCCAAACUGCAACCAAUUUGGUAGAUGAGGUCUGGAAAAAUCGCCCCCCAGCAGAAACAAAUCCAUUAAUUGUUCAUCCAUUGGAAUAUACAGGUCGUUCAGUUGCAGAUAAGUUAAAGGAUCUGAGGGAAAAAUUGAAAAAUGAGAAAGCUCGUGGUAUGAUCGUUACAACACUUGAUGAGGUUGCGUGGUUGUAUAAUAUUCGUGGUAAUGAUGUAUCCUACUGUCCGGUUGUUCAUGCAUUUGCUAUAGUAACAUCCAACUCAGCUUUCCUGUAUGUGGAUAAAAGGAAGGUCUCUUCUGAGGCGCACUCUUAUAUUAAGGAGAAUGGAAUUGAAGUUAGAGAGUACACUGCAGUGAGCUCAGAUGUGUUAUUGCUUGCAUCUAAUCAGCUUGACUCAACAUCAGCAGUCAAAGGAAAUCAAAGCAUAAAAACCAAUUCUAGUGAGAUUGACAUUGUGGGAAAUGGUACAGCUGAAUCAGAAGAAAACAAAGCUGACCUUAUAUGGGUUGACCCUGGUUCGUGCUGCUAUGCUUUAUAUUCUAAGUUGAAUUCUGAGAAAGUGCUCCUGAAGCAAUCACCUCUUGCCCUUGCUAAAGCUUUGAAGAACCCUGUUGAGUUGGAUGGUUUAAAAAAGGCACACAUUCGUGAUGGUGCAGCUGUAGUGCAAUAUCUUGUCUGGUUGGAUAAGCAGAUGCAGGAAAUUUAUGGAGCUUCUGGUUACUUCUUGGAGUUCAAGAGUGAAAACAAGGGAAAGGAUUCGGAAACUAGAAAACUGACAGAGGUGACUGUAAGUGAUAAGCUAGAAGGUUUUCGAGCAUCAAAAGAGCUCUUUAGAGGAUUAAGUUUCCCUACAAUUUCAUCAGUGGGUCCAAAUGCUGCUAUCAUCCAUUAUUCUCCGAAGGCGGAAACUUGUUCUGAGCUCGAUCCAAAUAGUAUCUAUCUAUGUGAUUCAGGAGCUCAGUAUCUGGAUGGAACAACCGAUAUAACUCGCACAGUCCAUUUUGGAAAACCAUCAGAACAUGAGAGAGCUUGUUAUACUGCGGUUCUCAAGGGUCACAUUGCCCUUGGUAAUGCCCGGUUUCCUAAUGGGACUAAUGGUCAUGCCCUUGACAUCCUUGCUCGAAUCCCUUUAUGGAAGGAUGGUCUUGAUUAUAGGCAUGGUACUGGUCAUGGAAUUGGAUCUUACCUGAAUGUUCAUGAAGGACCCCAUUUGAUUAGCUUCAGGCCACAGGCUCGAAACGUGCCCCUACAAGCUUCCAUGACUGUAACGGAUGAACCUGGAUAUUAUGAAGAUGGGAACUUUGGUAUAAGAUUGGAGAAUGUGCUUAUUGUUAAGGAAGGAAAUACAAAAUUCAACUUUGGUGAGAAGGGCUACUUAUCAUUUGAGCACAUAACAUGGGCACCGUACCAGAGCAAGUUAAUUGAUGUGGGCCUGCUGAUGCCCGAUGAGAUUGAUUGGCUGAACAACUAUCACUCAACAUGCAGGGACAUUCUAGCCCCGUAUUUGGAUGAUUCUGAGAAUGCGUGGCUGAACAAAGCUACUGAACCUAUUAAAGUGUGACAUGUUUGCUUAUAUGAGCAGAAGUUCCUUCCUGCUUUGCCUCUUCUCUUUGUAAUAGGGAAAUAAGGAGAAGACUGAUCACUUCAGUUUGUAAUUGACACAUUCAACUUCAUGUGGAUAUCACAACGUAAGUUUUACAAGUGCCA